UUUUCUCCAGCCCCUUAUUUGGUAAACUGCCACUGAAAUAUCAUUUGUCUUUCAUUUACGUGCAAAACCAGCAACUGUGUGCUUUUCACACCCUCGAGACUUCAACCACUGACUGAGUGGACUCACUCAAUUUCAAACCCACUUGCAGGAUGUGUGGCGCGGAUAUUGACCUGGAUGAUGGAGGCGAGGAAGAGAAGGAGGAAGAGUUGUGGAUGGGUGAGCGUGUGAAGAUGCUUCCCCCUCCUGUGGCCCACAGUGGGGGUUCCGCGUGGGGCAGCCGGAGGGACAUCUCGGGCUGCGUGUUCUGCGGGGCAGCUCUGGUCCUUUGGAACGUGUGUGUUCUCCUCGCCGGUGCCAUGCUCCUUACGCUGGUCUUCUCCUUGGUGCUGCUGCCUGCAGUUGUGCUGCUCUACGUUGGAUUCUUGUGCCAUUCCAGGAUCCUGGACAGCAAGUCAGCCAUCUGCAAUUACCUUGAUGAUAAUAGCUGCUCGGCCCUCAUUAUCCUGGGCUUUGUGAUGAUGUCGCCACUCAUGGUGGCAGCGGCAGCAGUUUUCUGUGGCCUGCUACGAAGGUUCCGACUCCUGCUUCUCAUUCAACCAAUCAGUCGCGCACGCUACCGGGGGAGACUGAUGGACUGGGUUAACAGCGUCCACGCUUGGGUCUGAUCGCUGCAUUAGGGUGGUGAAUAAAAGCCCUUGCACGCCGAGUCAAGAGUAGCUUUUCUUUUUUUUUUAACCUCAUUUACUGUACUGCUUACAGGAGUGUUCCCCAACCUUUAGUGAGCUUAGGUACAUAUUUUACGGUAUAAAAAACUCAAAGCACACCAACAAAAUUAUUUGGCACUCAAAGCCUACAGUAUGUAGGCCCACACUGAUGCCUUGAAAUAUGAGCAUAAUUUGGUCCAUUAUUACCUCUAUGCCCCCACUGAACUAAUCGCCUUAUAGUGUAAAGAAUUGUGCAUUGUGAUAAUUCCUCACCUCUACUUCUGGUGUGCACAACUCAGCUACCUAAAUAAAUUAGUAAGGUUUGUUAUUUUUUUGCCGAGGAUACAAAAUAUAUAUGCCUGCUAAUAUUGUUAUGACGUCCGUCAAAUGUAGUGCUAAUUGUCUUAAAAUACAGUAUCUGUUGCUUGAAGUGUUAGAACGAUGCUAGGCAGAUGCUAUUUGUUAGCCCAUCUAAAGUAUUUCCCAUUAUGUGUUAGCAUUAAGGUAGCAUACUUUCAGGCGAAGUUAUGUUUGUUUUAAAUGGACUCCUCAAUUGUUUAUUUUUUUAUUUAUGUAUGUUAUGUAAACUGGUAUCACAAGUAACUCGUAAGGCAAGUCUCAUAUAGUUCAAGGUACUAUUUUGUACUAAAAUAAUCAUGUUAUUGUCUCAAUGUGCUCAAAAAUUUACUUACAAUGUACAGUACUGUAUAAUUUUAGUUUUAACACAAAGCAGUGCUGUUUUCGCCAACGAUGACUAUAACGAAAAUAUUUUGUCAAUGAAUAAUUUUUUCAUGACGAUGACUAGACGAUAACGAGCUAAAAAUGUGUUUUGGCAGACAAAAAUAUAACAAGACUAAUGCAAGUUUUUGUCUGACGAGACGAAAAUGCAUAAUAGUUUCUGUCACACGUGUACAAUGUGUGACGUUUUAUGUUUUAUGUUUAUUAAGUUAGCUUGCAUCGUAGCAGUGUCUGGUUGUGUCACUUAUGUGAUGUGCUGCUGCUCGCUGGUCUCCAGGCUUGCACAAACGGUAAGAUUUGUUUUCUUAUUUUGCCGGAGACAAUAUGCAAUGUUGCUUUUGCCUUUAAAGGUCUAUGCCAGUACUUCUCAAAUAGUGGGGCGCGCCCCCCCAGGCAAAGAGCGAUGCCAGGGGUGGCCCAUGUGACCUCGGGGAACAUGCUUUUUUUUUUUUUUUCUUUUUUUGCCAUACUAGAAUAAAGUGUACUUGCGCAUCCACUCAGUGGGUGGCAGUGGCGCUCUCAUUUUCAAAGUGCGUGCAGUAUUUUUGAAGUAAGCAAGAGCACACAGACGAGAGAUAAGAAGAGCUGUGCGCCGUUUUCGAAAGCCGUUUUCCGGCCGGACUCACGCAGCGACCCACUGUCUUCUCCGGUUCUCACGUGUCCGCCCGAGACGUGCCAUUUUCGGCUUGGGAUCGUCACGACGACCGCCGUCACCUACGGUUCUCCCUCGGCCGCCGAGAAUGUACUUUUUUCGGGCCGUUUGCCUUUUGGCUUUGACAUUUAAUACAGUGGUAGGUGAGGAAAGACCACUGUUUAUUGUGUCUAAAAAUGAUUAUAGCGGACAGCCGGAAGCCAAAUCAAUUAAGACGCCACUUAAAGACAUUAGACCCCAAUCUCAUUGAUAAGCCGCUUGGUUGUUUUUCAGCGAAAACGUGCCGAAUAUUGUCAAUAAUCGUCCCGCUUUGUCAGUGUUAUAUAAGUAAACCAGUGAGCACUGUUAGCAUGCUCAGUGGAAAAUAACCCCACACUAUUGCAAACUGAAGGUGAUACUAAGAGCAGCGAGCAGCGAAAAUAAAAACGGUCCUUUUGUCCAAAGACAAUCUUUUUUUUUUUUUUUUCCCCCCUUCUAUUCAGUUUUGUUUUUUCGGUCAAAUUUUUUGGGCAUAUUGUCCUCAUGAGUUAAUGUUUCUAAUGAAUUUGAUUUUUUUAUUAUUUACUGAUGUUAUUUUUCAGUAUCAAAUGUUAAAAAUGUACUUUGAGUGUAUUUUUACAGUUUGGAUGUGACUUUUUUUUUUUUUUUCAGGCGAAUUGAUGCGCGUUAAGUCUUUUCUGUUACAAACAAAACAAUGUUGAUAAAGUUAUACUUUAUAAGUUGAUCUGUUAUUUUCUGUAAUAGAAAAAAAUGACAAUGUGAGGCAGAGGCGUACUUAUAAUAGUAAUAUUAUAGACAAAUGAUACUAUUUACAGUGGCGGCAGAG